AUGGCGCCGGCGCGAGUGCGGGCGACGAGCGCGCGCGUAGGCGUGGACCCUGCGCUGCGCACGAGCUUGGUGCACCUUCCCGCGUCGCUGUGCAACACACUGGUCUCUCGCAAUGUCGUCGCGCAGACGCUCAUUGUCGAAAUCGGCACGGAGAAGCAGUCGUACUACUGCGGCUGGACGGGUCUGAGCGCAGCCCACGCGAUGCUCGACGACCCAAAGGGCCAGCCGGCGGAGCGGCUGGUCGUAGGGCCCUCGCUCGCUUCGCUCUUUGCGCCGGUGCUGCGCGAUGGGAUGGACGUGAGCCUCCGCCUGUUUCGGUCGCCCCCGGUGCCGAUCGCGGAGCAGGUGCACGUCGUGCCGCUGCACGCCGACGACUGGGAGAUCCUCUCGAUCCACGCAGAGGACGUCGAGACGAAUAUGCUCGCGCAGGUACGCGCCGCGAAGCAGAACCAGGUGCUCGCGGUGCAGGUCGGGCGCAGCGCGUCGACGGUCGUGCGCUUCAUCGUCGAAAAGACGGUGCCUCCGACGCUCGCCGAGGGCGAGGAGGGCGAGGGGGCGAUUGCUGUGCGCCUCUCGACCGACUCGGAAGUGAUUGUCGCGCCAAAGCAGCGUGCGCCGCAACAGGAAAAGGCCGAGGCGCUCGUGCCGACCGCCGACACACCCAGCGGGCCGCUCAACGCAGCAAGCGCCGCGGGGGCGCUCGCCCAUGCCAUGUGGCGCGUCCUCCCGAGCGCCUACGUCCAAGAGGACGAGGGGAAUAGCUGGACGGCGCUCGUCCCGGCGUCGCACGCACCGCCGGACGUGGACCACCCUACGUACGAGCUGCUUUCGCUCGCAUUUUCGCACGGCAAGGCGUGCGUCACGCGAAUCGGCUGCCCGACGCAGUCCAAGGGCGACGAGCACCCGACGAACGCCACGGCCAGCGCGGCAUUUGCGCCGGGCGACGCGCUGCCGAGCGCACCAGUGCAGUGGCCGCCGAUGCACGUGUGGCUCGGCAAGGAACUGCGUGAGAAGCUCAACGUAUCCGACUUGGACCUCGUGCAGUUCUCGGCGCCGCCGCCGGGCGCGGUGCGGGGCGCAGAACGGAGCACAUCAUUCCCUACACCGCUCCAGCGCUACACGCCGGCGGCGCUGCCGGGGAUGGACAAGGUCAUGGCCCAGUGCCUCGGCGCAGUCGAGGGCGUGCACCUCCAGCGCGUCUUGCAGGCCGCCGACCAGGGGCGCCUCGACGUGCACGAACAGGCCAAGGCACACGCCGUGCCGUACACGAGCACUAGUGGCCUCCUCCUGUGCGGCGGGCCGGGCUCGGGCAAGACGGCCGUCGCCAAGGCGGUCGGCGCGCGCCUCGCAGCCGACCCUGCUGCGCUGUACCGCACCAUGUACAUUGACUGUGCGACAUUCGUGGAAGAACGUAUGCCGCUCGUGCGCUCGCACUUUAAAAAGUGGCUCGACGACGCCGCAUGGCACGCGCCGACGCUGCUCAUCCUCGACAACCUCGACCUGCUGAUGCCGGCCGAGGCAGAGAACGUCGACGGGACACGCUCGACGCAGCUCGCGCACGCGCUCAUUGCCAAGAUCCAAGAAACAGUACAGGACUUUGACGUGUUUGUGCUGGCUACGGCGCAGUCGCUUACCAACGUGCACGCCGCGCUGCAAGGCGGGCGCCUCUGGACCGAGACCGUGUCGAUCAAGCCGCCGGCGAAGGACGCGCGGCGUGCGAUCCUCGAGCGCCUUGUCGGCGAGCUUGCGACAAAGGCGGCUAAGCAGAAGGAGGAGGAGUCCAGCGGCGCAACACCUGCCGAGCCCGAAGCGCACGAGGCGCAGCUGCCCGAGCACGCUGCUGAGACGCAGCCCGGGGGAGAGGCAGAGGCACACAUGCCGCCGCCCUCAGACGCCGCGCCCCCUCAAAACACGUCCGCCGCCCCCGAUACCUCUGACCUCGACUGGGUGGCGCUCGUAAACAAUACCGACGGCUACCACGUCGCUGACCUCAAGAUGCUCACGCAGCGUGCCGUGCACCAGUCCACAAUGCGCCACCUGCUUGCCUCGGACGCAUUCACGCUGAACAUGGCCGACUUUGCGGCGGCCCAGGAAGACUUUACGCCGCUCUCGCUGCGCGACGUCAAGCUCGAGAAGUCGAGCACGAACUGGUCCGACAUUGGCGGCCUCACCGCUACGCGUCAGACGCUGCGCGAGACGCUCGAGUGGCCAACCAAGUACGCGGCGAUCUUUGCCAACUGCCCGCUGCGUCUGCGCUCGGGCCUGCUCUUGUACGGCUACCCCGGCUGCGGCAAGACGCUCCUCGCGAGCGCCGUCGCAAAAGAGUGCGGCCUGCACUUUAUCUCUGUCAAGGGUCCCGAGAUCCUGAACAAGUAUAUCGGUGCGAGCGAAAAGUCGGUGCGCGACCUCUUUGACCGCGCGCAGGCCGCCAAGCCCUGCGUGCUGUUUUUUGACGAGUUUGACUCGAUUGCGCCAAAGCGUGGGCACGACUCGACCGGCGUGACGGACCGUGUCGUGAACCAGAUGCUUACGCAGAUGGACGGUGCCGAGGGCCUGGACGGCGUGUAUGUGCUCGCGGCAACGUCGCGUCCUGACUUGAUCGACUCGGCGCUCCUGCGUCCGGGCCGUCUGGACAAGUCGCUGCUGUGCGACAUGCCCAACUACGACGACCGCAUUGAUAUCCUGAAGGCCAUCUCCCAAAAGGUGCACCUCGACCCCGAAGUCGACCUGCACUACUGGGCGAAGCGCACAGAGGGCUUCUCGGGCGCGGACCUGCAGGCAUUGCUGUACAAUGCGCACCUCGAGACGAUUAACGAGGCAAUCCAGCACGACGACGUGCCGCGUGCAAGCGGCCAGACGCAGCCGGCGGCGGUUGCCUACACGGCCGUGCCCCCCACCGACGCGCCGCCCGCCAAGGCGCAAAGCGGCGCGGAGCGCGCCGCGUUCUCAGAGCGCCUCGCGCGCAUCCUCGGCGAGAAGAGCUCAGCGGCCGUCGCCAACGCCGCACCGGCCGAGGCGCCGGCCGCACGGCUGGUCACCGCCAAGCAGAUCGAGUCGGCACUGCGCACGACACGCCCCAGUGUCCCGAAAGAGGAGGUCGCACGUCUCUCGCGCAUCUACCGCACGUUUGCGGGCGACCGCGACGGCGCUUUUCCGGAUGGCGCGCCGAGCGACGCUAUCGGUGCACGGACUAGUCUCAUGUAG